CGCUCAGUCGAAAAAAAAGCUGUGAACGUGGUGGUUGUGUCGCGGUCUCUCGCAAAUCGAAAGGCACAACAAGAAAAUUCGUUUUCUUGCCGCGACCAAGAAUACAACUAUGUAUGUGUGUGUAGAAGUGCUGUGAGGUAGCAGAAAGUGCGCCAAAACAAAGAAAUAAUCGGUGACUAGUGUGCAAGAUGGUCAACAAAAUUGCCUGUCAUUCUGUUCACAAUAUUAAAUGAUCCAUCCAACCAAACGCAUUCACAUUGACAGCGAGCUUUUUAAAUUAUACUUAUUAUUUAUAUCGUAAAGUGCAUUGGCGCUACUUGCAAGUAGCUGAGUGUCAAGCAGACAUCGCAGCGUGGCGUGUGGGCGACCGGUAAUGCGAAACGCAAAACGAAAGAGUCGUGCGUUUAUGUGGAAAUCGAACCGGAGGCUGACAUAUAAAUAAGCUGUAAGAAAUCAAUAAAAGUGGAAUUUAAGCAGUAAACAAGAAGACAAGUUUUUCGAAUCAACAAAAUAAAAUACAUGAUAUGUAUAUAUGUGAAUACAAGGUCGAAAUAACGCAACAAUAACAAUAACAGCAGCAACAAUAACAACCAAAAGGAAUUGAAAAGAAUUUAUAUGGAUUCUACGGCGGUAUCACUAUGUGGAUGUAUAUAACGGAGACGCCGCAUAUUAAAUUUAAUCAACUUAGCCCUAUCCUGGUUAUAUGGUAAACAAAAUGAAGCAAAUUGAAAAACAUCAAGUAAUUGGCUGCCUGGCGCUGAUCGCAUUUGGUCUAAACCUACUUCUGAGUUCAGCUGAGGGCAGGGAACAGCAAGCAACCGGUCAGGAGGGACGUCAGCAUCAGCAUCAGCAUAAACAACAGUAUAGGAAUAGCCAACAAUCGAGUGGGUCGGGAUCAGGUUACAAACGCUUCUCUCGCGACUCAAAUUUAGCUCGCGAACGUCGUCCCAAUAUUGUGUUUAUUCUGACAGACGAUCAGGAUGUGGAGCUGGGCUCACUCAACUUCAUGCCACGCACUUUGCGACUAUUGCGGGAUGGAGGAGCCGAGUUCCGGCAUGCCUACACCACUACACCGAUGUGUUGUCCGGCACGAUCCUCGCUGCUGACGGGAAUGUAUGUGCACAACCACAUGGUAUUCACCAACAACGACAAUUGCUCCAGUCCACAGUGGCAGGCGACACAUGAGACGCGAUCCUAUGCCGCGUAUCUAUCAAAUGCAGGCUAUCGCACAGGUUACUUUGGCAAGUAUCUGAAUAAGUACAAUGGGUCAUAUAUACCGCCAGGCUGGCGGGAAUGGGGUGGCCUGAUCAUGAACUCUAAGUACUACAACUACAGCAUCAAUCUUAAUGGACAAAAAAUCAAGCAUGGCUUUGACUAUGCAAAAGAUUAUUAUCCGGAUUUGAUAGUCAACGAUUCAAUCGCAUUUCUUCGCUCCUCCAAGCAGCAAAGCCAAAGAAAGCCCGUGCUAUUAACGAUGAGUUUUCCAGCGCCGCACGGUCCCGAGGACUCAGCUCCACAGUACAGUCACCUCUUCUUUAAUGUGACCACACAUCAUACACCCAGCUACGAUCACGCUCCCAAUCCUGACAAGCAAUGGAUCUUAAGGGUGACAGAGCCCAUGCAGCCAGUGCAUAAACGUUUCACCAAUCUCCUCAUGACUAAGCGACUGCAGACUCUACAAAGCGUUGAUGUGGCCGUGGAGCGCGUCUUCAAUGAGCUAAAAGCUCUCGGGGAAUUGGAAAACACAUACAUUGUUUACACAUCGGAUCAUGGAUAUCAUCUGGGACAAUUCGGUUUGAUCAAGGGCAAGAGUUUUCCUUUUGAGUUCGAUGUUCGCGUGCCCUUUCUUAUCCGCGGACCCGGAAUCCAGGCUUCCAAAGUAGUUAAUGAGAUCGUGUUAAACGUGGACCUGGCGCCCACAUUCCUUGACAUGGGUGGCGUACCGGUUCCGCCGCACAUGGACGGACAUAGCAUUCUACCGCUGCUACACAGUCGUAAUCGGAUUGUGCGUGAGAGUUGGCCAGAUAGUUUCCUUAUCGAGAGUUCGGGACGUCGAGAGACUGCCGAUCAGAUAGCUGAAUCUCGAGCUCGCUUAUUGGCGGAGCGUCAGGCAAAGCGGCUAGUGAACAGCACACUUCUGGAGGAUCUGUUGAGAAAGGACAAUGGGAGCAGCAGCAGCACAAUGGCCACGCUGCUUAACUCGAUGACCCCGACGACAGAGCAGGAAAAUCCUGACGAUGAUAUAGGUGUCGAUGAUGAUGAAGACGACACAGAUGUAGAUUCAGAUACGGAUAUGGAGGCGGAUACAGAUGCGGAUACAGAUACAGAGGCUGAUUUCAUAUCAGAUGACACAUUUGAUGACACAGCCGAGCAAGAUGAAGAAGAUGACGACGAGUUAGAAGACCAAAAAACACUACAGCACAAUAGUUUAGCGCUGCCGCCAUACAUCACAAAGAUCAUGCGACUGAACUCAGAGUGCUCAGAUCCAGCGUUGCUAAAGAACUGUCUGCCUGGCCAGAAGUGGAGGUGUGUCAAUGAAGAUGGCCGCUGGCGCAAACAUAAGUGCAAGUUUCAUUUGCAACUGGAGGAUCAACUGGCCGCAAUGCCUCGCAAGCAAUACCAAAGAAACUGUGUUUGUUAUACUUCGGACGGUCUUCGCUAUACAAAGAUACGUGCACCAGGAUCAUCAACGCAUUCCCAUCGACUCCAUAAGCGCACCCACAUGCAUCAGCAUCAGCAUCUUGUGGACAAGAGUCAACAUAGGCGACAGUUGCAGCUGGAACGACGGUUGCAAGGCCUAGAUCGUUCACUUGAUAUGCUUGAGGAGCACAGACAUUUAAAUAAACGUGAAUCGCCAAGCAAUUCCAGCUCCAACGAUGUCAUAGCUGUCGUUAUUCAGCACAUUCAAAGCAAUUUAGAAAUGCUGGAACAAAAGUUCCACGAGCCCGAGUUAAACAAUCACCGUGGCAAUUCUUUGCGUCGGGGCAACAAAUUCCAAAAAGGCGGCUCUCGAUGUUUUGUGGAUGAGACCACAGAUAAGGUUAACUGCUCGGAUGUCACCUACGAGGAUGAGAAGACCUGGCGUGUAUCCCGCAAUCAAAUCGAUAUGCUGAUUAAACUAUUGAAAGAGAAGAUCACCACCCUCAAGGACAUGAAGAAACAGAUGCGGGAAAGCAAGCAACAAGCGGCUGCAGCUGGAAGACGAGGUGAGGGUCGCAGACGCAAUGAUCCCAUUUCCUCGCAUGACGGCGCCGGCCCCGAGUUCAACAUGAGCUUUUUUACUGAGUUAGGAGGUAACACUCCCCUACCCAUCCUAUUGCCGAAUGUGAGCACCAUCGACGGACAGAAAGAAAUCUUUAGAGGUGAUUCAUACGAUUCCAAUGAGCACACACAAGGAUCCCGCGACAAGUGCAUCUGCGAGUCGGAUGUUGGCGAGAGUUAUGCGGACUCUAAAGAGAUGGCACGCGAAGCGAGACGCAAGUUGAAGGAGGAGCGGCAACGGAAAAAGGAACGCAAGCGUAUAAAAAAGGCGCGUCUAGAGAAGGAGUGCCUGUCGGAAAAGAUGAACUGCUUCUCACAUGACAAUCAGCAUUGGAGGACAGCGCCCUUUUGGAAUGACAGUCCCUUCUGCUUCUGCAUGAAUGCCAACAAUAACACCUACUCCUGCCUGCGCACCAUAAAUGCGACGCAUGAUUAUCUGUACUGCGAGUUCACCACUGGGUUGAUAACCUUCUACAAUUUAACAAUAGAUCGUUUUGAGAGACAAAAUCGUGCAGCGAGCUUAACGCCGGCGGAGAGAUCGUACAUGCAUGACAAACUACAGCACCUAAAGAGCUGUCGUGGACGCAACUGCAGCAUACCUAAACAUAUGCAUCAAGUGAGCAUGGAAUCAGCUGAUUUUUCGCCAGCUUCAAGCGCUGUCAAUCAUGUGCACCGUAACAACAAGCGAAAACAUGGAUCCUUGUCGGCGAGCGUGGGCAACUUUGGAUUUGUGAGCAGUACAAUGGAUGCGGAUGCGAUGCCAGCAGCUAAGCGACGCAAGCUCUCGAAAUACCACAGAUGGACUAACUCGCAGCAGACGCAUCUGAAGCGACGCCAAUGGAAGCAGCAAUCCCCCUCACAGAGUGCAGCAAUUGCCACAGCAGUCAGGAGUCGCAACAGCUGCCUGAAUGCUAACAGUAUAUAGUAGUAUCUUGAUCUACCAUUACACAGUACCAGUGAAUACAAAUGCGUUAAGCUUGCACCUAUACUCAGCACCCCUCGUACAUGCAUAUUGUGCAUCUAUGCCAUACAUUACUCUGGUGAUGUAGAGUAUAACCAUGCAUUCUGGUAUUUUUUCUACUUAAAUAAGACUGUGUUUUUUAUGCAACUUACUUUUAGUUUCAUUUCUAUUCGAUACAUUUCUAUACGAUCCUUUUUUUGCUUCUUUGGCUCGAUAUGCAAUACAAAUAAUUAUAAUUUGGAUAUUAGAGUUUAAGUCACUUUUGAUUGUACAUACUUACCAUUCGUUUAAAUUUUGAACAUUUUGAGAAAUUUGUAUUUCCGCACUAUAUAAAUUACUUAGCGCAAUUGGUUUACAAUUUAUUUAAAUUAAAUUAAACUAAAUUAAUUGAUGACUACACUUAGCAAAGAGAAUUCAAGUUACCAUAGAGUUUUUAUUUACAUAUUAUAGCUGUAGUAAUUACAUAUAUUUAUUGCUAACUGCUAAUUGCUAAAAUCGCCACACAUAUUACAAUAUGUUAAAAUUUUUGAUGGAGAACUCAAAUCAAUUGACAUUUAAUCAUCAUUAAUGACAAAGUGCAGUAAUUUUUAAGUCAUAGAUCGUUCGUUUAUCUCGUAGUUUGUGCACCUGAACAAAUAGUGUAUCUGCCGUAUCAAAGUUAAUAUCGAACAAUCUAUUCUAAAUAAUUAAAUGCAUAUUUGUGGGAAAAUAAAACAUGUUUAACUAUUUAAAA